AUGUCGAUGGGGCUGGAGAUCGGCGGCGUGGCCUUGUCCGUGCUGGGUUGGUUGUGCAGCAUCAUCUGCUGCGCGUUGCCCAUGUGGAAGGUGUCGGCCUUCAUCGGCAACAACAUCGUGACGGCCCAGAUCAUCUGGGAAGGGCUGUGGAUGAACUGCGUGGUGCAGAGCACGGGGCAGAUGCAGUGCAAGGUCUACGACUCCAUGCUGGCGCUCCCUCAGGACCUGCAAGCCGCCCGCGCCCUGCUGGUGGUGGCCAUCAUCUUGGCCGUGCUGGGCUUAAUGGUGGCCAUCGUGGGCGCCCAGUGCACCCGCUGCGUGGAGGACGAGAGCACCAAAGCCAAGAUCACCAUCGUCUCCGGUGUCAUUUUCCUCCUCUCUGGCGUCUUGACCCUCAUCCCUGUCUGCUGGUCGGCCAACACCAUCAUCCGGGAUUUCUACAACCCACUGGUGAUCGAAGCGCAGAAGCGGGAGCUGGGCACCUCACUCUACGUGGGCUGGGCGGCCUCCGCACUCCUGCUGCUGGGGGGGGGCCUGCUCUGCUGCUCCUGCCCCCCCAAAGACGACAGGUACCCCACAAGCAAGGUGGCCUACUCCGCCCCACGCUCCGCCGUCACCAGCUACGACAAGAGGAACUAUGUCUGA